CGUAGUUAGAUAAAUGGCGCUCCCGCACAGGGCGGACUGUAAACAUUUCCACGGUCUCAACUGUCGGUUCAUGUGUGACGCCGACGGCCGGUUCCACCCCGAGCAGCCGGAACCGGAGCGAACGGGUAACUGAUGGAGAGCGAGGACGGGCGCGCGGAGGCGGACGACUCGGAGGUGGCCGAGCUCCGGAUGAAGGUGGAGUCGCUGAAGAACGAGCUGACGGAGUGCAGAGCCGAGCUGGACAAGCUGCAGAGGCAGCUCAGUCAGUCCGAGAGGCUGCAGAGGAGCACCGACAGCUACAACGAGGACCUCCGGAAGCAGGUUGACCAGCUAAGUGCAGAAAUACACAAACGGAAGAAAAAGGAGAAAGACAAAGUCGACACUGAAACUCAGACGGAAGAAUACGAGUGGACGGAAACCGACUACUACAACUACUACUAUGGAUACUACAGUGCUGAGGGGGCGGACGGUCAGGAAAACGCCAACCCUGCAGCAGCCGCGGUGGAAAUGAGCGCAGGCAGCAGCGCCGCCACGGUGGAAAUGAGCGAUGGCAUCGCCGCCGCCACAGUGGAAAUGAGCGAUGGCAUCGCCGCCGCCACAGUGGAAAUGAGCGAUGGCAUCGCCGCCGCCACGGUGGAAAUGAGCGAUGGCAGCGCCGCCGCAGCAGAGGCUACAAUAGGGAAGGAAACCACAGCUGUAGAUGUUUCCAAUCCGGCCGCCAGCGGAGCUUUAGCAACAGUGGAGGAGAGCGACGGGGGAUCAAUAGCCGACAUGUUGAGAGCCACUGCUGAGGAGGCCAUGACACAGACCGGCUUCGUGUUUGACGAAACCUCCGGGAUGUAUUACGACCACGGCACAGGCUUUUACUACGACUCGGCCAGUCAGUUGUACUACGACGUCAACACGAGCAUUUAUUACUACUACGACGCAGAGAGCGGGCGCUAUCAGUUUCAUUCUCGGAUCGAGGUUCCCGUGACGCAGAGCUGUGCGGAGCCUUGGAGAGACAACAACGACGCCGACAAGCAAGGCAGAAAAUUCAAGAAAGGGACCAAGAAAACCUCGCAGCAUGACGACAAGGAACCGAAGUCUAACGAGGAAAGGCCUCAGAGAGAGGAAGCAGACUCCGUCGAACGGCAUUCGAGCAGGAAAAAAGCGGAUUUAGGGAAAUCGAAGCGGAAAUCGCGCAGUCCAGGGAAAAAGCAGUCUUCUAAACACAGAGGAGAGAAGGACAUGUCGUCGUCCUCGAAGAGGAAAAAACAUAAAAAUGACUCGCACCACGAGGACAGGCGAAGAUCCAAGAAGAAAAGGAAGAAAUCCAAGUCAGAAAAGCACAAGAAGAAGAAGAGGAGGACUCGGAGCGACGAGUCGGAAGGCGAGAGCGAGCCAGAGGAAGGGGAGAUCACAGAGUCGGAAAGAGAAGAGUGCGAGUCCACUCGCUCGUCGGCGUCGUCCUCAAGCGCUCCAUCAAAGCAGAGUCACGAGUCAGACGUGGAGGAGCCAAGUCAACCAGCCAAAGAGAUGUGGCCUCCAUGUGUGAGAGUGACUGUGGUCAGAUCGCCUGUGCUGCAAGUGGGCACCUUGUUCAUCAUCACUGCCGACUCUACAGCCACCUUUGGCAGAGAAAAAGACAUGGACCAUGCAGUACGAAUACCAGAAAUGGGAGUUAGUAAGUUCCACGCAGAGGUUUACUUUGAUCAAGAACAUCAGGCCUACAUGCUGGUGGACCAAGGAAGCCAGAAUGGGACGGUCAUCAACGGAAACCGAAUAUUACAGCCUAAAACCAAGUCCGAGCCCCGCCCCCUGAUGCACGGCGAUGAGGUCAAGAUGGGGGAGACUGUUCUGUCCUUUCACAUCCAUUCGGGGACGGACACGUGCGACGGCUGCGAGCCCGGCCAGGUGAUGGCUCACCUCAGCAAGCACAAGAGAGAAGAUCCUCCAGGUCCUGGCCUCGCCAAAGAGGAUAAGGAGUCUCUGAGACAGAAGGAGCUGAAGCAGAUGAAGGCCAAAUACGGCCUGCAAGUGAGUCGACAGCCUACUUCACCAACAAACUUUCCGUUGCUUGUUUACACGCUUAUCUGGGAUUCGUUGAUGCAGAGCACCGAGUACGAAGAGACGAAAUCCAUGAAGAAUCCAAAGUACAGAGACCGGGCGGAGUCUCGACGGCAAACGGUGGGGAGUGAAGGUGCUUUCCAGCGAGACGACGCUCCGGCUUCUGUCCACGAAGAGAUCAGCGAGGUCAACAAAGGCCGGAAGAUGCUGGAAAAGAUGGGCUGGAAGAAAGGAGAAGGUCUGGGCAAAGAGGGAACCGGGAUGAAGGAUCCGAUCGAGCUGAAAAUCCGAAAGUCCCAGUCUGGUUUGGGGGCCGGCGCUGCCAUGUCUCUGGACGGGAUGUCUGUUACCAAAACCAAGUCCCAUAAGAACUGGGAGAAGGCGCGCGAGCGAUUCGCCGACUCCUGCCAGGUGGAGCAAAGUCAGAAACCCCCGGCGUCCAAAGCCUGGGUCCGAUCAGGCGAGGCGCCAACCUCAGAGACCAACAACGGAACAGACGGACCAAGUCAGGGAUGACGGGAACAUUUUUAUUUUUACCUUCUAUUGAUAAUAAAACAUCCUCAAAAGUUCUGCCGGGUUUUUAAACUGAUCAGGGACAGAAGUUCUGUCGUCCUUUUGGAUGUGCGUUCAGAAGUUUCCCGGAGGAGCAGCAGCUGUGUGAACUAGAGUUUGCUGCUCCUCCUCCUCCUCUUCCUCCUCCUUCAGAGAGGACAGGAGUUGCUUUCAGCAAAUAUUGACACAGUUGAGCUGUAUUUCUCACCGUGAGAUCAUCUGUUCAUGUCGAAGCAAAAAAAAGAACGUUCUGUCAACGACUGUCAGUUUUGCAGCCAGCGAGCCUUUCAGUGUGUGCAGCUUAUCGGAGUGUGUGAAUAUUUGCAUGCGAGUGUCAAGAGUUCGCCACAAAGAGAGAACUGUAAGAAAAGUACCGUCUUUUCUAAUGUCUAUUUUUGCUGUUGUUUGUAAGUAAAGUGGAAAUCUGCAGA